AAAUUAGUGUACGAAAUUCAAAAUUAUUACGUCAUAUUACACGAAAUAUUUUAUUUUAUACUCGAGUAAUUAAUAAAGAAAUAAAAUUACUCGCUUUACGGAUGAAUCAAGUUUAACGAGAUCCGUUUGAAAUGACGUAUCACAUGACAUGUCUUUUGAACUGCGAUAAGAAGUGAUGUUAUAGACGUCAGGAAGGAUGUUCGCCCCACGUCCCAAUUACAGUAAACUGAAGACUAAUUUGAGACUGUGUAUCAACCGUUUGAAGUUGUUGGAGAAGAAGAAGAGCGAGUUGUCGUUAAAGGCGAGAAGAGAAAUCGCGGAUUAUAUAUCGAACGGAAAAUGCGAAAGGGCGAAGAUCAAAGUGGAGCAUAUCAUCCGGGAAGAUUAUUUAGUAGAAGCGAUGGAAAUAAUCGAGAUGUUUUGCGAUCUUUUACUUGCCAGAUUCGGUCUGAUCGAGCAAAUGAAACUGAUGGAUGAAGGACUUUCAGAACCUAUCUCGAGUAUCAUAUGGGCCACGCCACGUCUUCAAACUGAUCUCGCAGAAAUUAAAGUUAUUUCCGAUCAGUUAACUAUAAAAUAUGGCAAACAAUACACCCAGUGUGUUCUGAUGAAUACGGUCGAUACUGUAAAUAAGAAAUUGAUACAGAAACUUAGUGUGGCCGCUCCGUCCAAAUUACUAGUUGAAAAAUAUAUGAUGGAAAUUGCCAAGAGCAAUAACAUUCCUUACGAUCCAGAUCCAGAUGUAAUGAGAGAAGAAACUGCACCCGCUGUCGAUUUUCUGAUCGACAUUGAUUCCGAUUUUAAGAAGUUUCCUCCUCCUGAUGGAGGAAAUUUUGGCGCGGGUGGUUUUAUAUGUCCACCUGUACCCACCGAACAGCCGUUUAAUUAUCCUAAUAUGCAACAAAAUAUGGACAAUUCCUCAGGACCUCCACCCUAUUCUUCUAUGUUGCCAGAAGGACACAAGAGAACCUUUAAUGCCACACCACCUCCUGAUCUGCCUUAUCCUUACAUUCCACCGUCGAAUACAGACAAAGAGAAAUCGCAAGUAGAAAAUCCUAACUGGGAUCAGUAUCAAAGAUUACCCAGUGUACCAGGUGCCCCAAGCGCACCUUCUCAGGAAGAAUCUGUCGAUUUUGAUGCUUUGACUAAAAGAUUUGAAGAACUGAAGAAGAGACCAUUAUGAAUAAGUCCAUUAUUGAAAAUGUAUUAGUGUUACCACUGUGAUUUUAUUUUUUUUCCUUGUUCGUUGUAAAUAACUUAGUUCCAAUACAGAUAUUUUCAAAUUUUUAUACACUGCAUAAAUCAAAAUGUGCAGAUAAAUUAUUUUAUCAUGCUUAAACAUAUAAAAACAAAUUGAUUUAUGCGUCCUUAAUGAAUACAAAGUAACUAAUACCGUGUGAUAAAAAUUGCUUUAUGCAAUCGUGUGUAAGUUUUUAUAAGAAAAUUGUGCAAAAUUAAUAAUUUUUAUAGAUGAAAUGUAUAAAAUAUUUCUAAAUAUAACGGGCAAAGAAUUAAUUUUCUAGAUAGGCACCAUAAUAAUUUGAAAUCAUGUAAAUUGAUGUUUUAUAUGAAUAAUAAAGUUUGAGUCAAAAUACUGUUAUGUAUUACAAUUUCUCAGCAAGAAUGU